UUCUCAGUAACUGAUCAGAGAAAAAAGAAGGAAAAGAAAGAAGAAAGGAAGAAAGGAAGAAACAGAUAUGGAUCAAGAAGGAAUGAUGUCAGGUUUUUGUAUUAAAACAGGAGGAGGAGAAAGUAGAGGAGGAACAAAGUGCGGACGUUGGAAUCCGACAGCAGAACAAGUUAAAGUUCUGACUGAUUUAUUUAGAUCAGGUCUUAGAACACCAAGUACUGACCAGAUUCAAAAGAUUUCUACUCAGUUAAGCUUUUAUGGUAAGAUUGAGAGCAAGAAUGUUUUCUACUGGUUUCAAAAUCAUAAAGCUCGUGAGAGACAGAAACGUAGACGUGUCUCAUCUGUCACAGUUGAUGUAGACCGAGUUCUAAUGGAAUGUCUUCCUGAAGAUAGAUUCUGUAUCGAGCGGAAGGAAGAAAUAUCAUACUUUCCAUCUAAACAUUUCGGAGACUUUAUUGAUAUAACUCAUCAUCAAUACCAUCAGAUAUCAGAACCUGGAAGAGAAAUCGAAACUUUGCAACUCUUUCCAUUGAAUUCUUAUGAAGAAAUAUCUCAUCAUCAUUAUGAACCAGAGAACAAGCAGCUGAGGUUAUUCGCGAAUCAUGAAUACAAUAAGGAAAUGAUGUUUUCAUAUUCCACGGGGAAAGAAAAUGAUCAUCCACCGUUAGAUUUGUGCUUAAGCUUUAUGUAAUAUAGGCCAAUAGGCCUAUUAACCAGUAGAGAUCUCAGGGAAAAUAAUAAAUCAUCACUGUUAGGGAUUUAGUUCGAUUAGGGUUUGGGGGAGAUCAUAUUAGUUAGAAAUCUAUAUAUAAAAGAAGUACUAUUUCAUCAUGCUGAGUUUUAGUCUUUCCACUCUUGUUUCAAUACUUUGU